AUGUUUAGAAAAGACCCUCAAAUUAAAGCAUUGUCAAAUCUGAAAUCUUCAGAGCGAAGACGUAUGCUAGGGUCCAUCAUCAAAGAAUACAAUUUGCCACAAGGGCUAGCUAAAGAGUCAGAAGAAAAGAUCUUGCCCCCAAUAAUCAAGCAAACUACUUUCAAGAGCCCGAAGGGAUAUUCAGGAACCAUUUAUACAGAUGAACAUCAAACGCCGGUUUGGUUCAAGACCAAAGACAGUGAGCUAAUUCCAACUGUCUAUACGUUAUGGAACGCACCUUUCAUACUACCAAUUGUCCAUACCCAUCCACAUGUCGUUGAAGUUCUUGAAGGUGGAGCAGACUUAAUGUUGCCUGGUACUGCACCACCAUUCCCUGAAUCAAUCAAAAAGGGAAGCAUUGUCGCCAUUGCUGAUACUAAGGAUCCAUUAGUUGUUAAAGCUGUUGGUAGAUCAAACUUAAACUUGGGCCAGAUUACCAAAGUUGUUGGAACAACUGGUGUUGCAGUUGAUGUUUACCAUAGUAAUGAAGAUAUGCUUUUCAAAAUUGCGAAAUUAAAGAUUAAAGCGCCAAAAGAGCCAUCAUUAGAAGUGAAGUUCAAAGAGGAAACUAAUGAUGAUGCUGAUCAAGGAGAAGCAGACAAUAUUGAAGAGGUGGCUGAACCUCAAAACGUUGCGACUGAUAUAGAGCCAGCUCAAGAAUCUGUCGAAGAACCUAAAGAAUCUAAUGAAGUUAAUGAAUUAGCAAAUGUUGUUGAUACUCUUAGCGUCGAAGAUAUUGAUCAUUUUUUCAAAAGAUCAUUACUACAGACAUUAACUCAAGAUAAUGUGAAGCCACCUAUGCCAACUUCUAUCUUCAUGAAUCACAUUAUUGGAAAUCUUGCAUCAGAUUUCAAUCAAAUUCAAAUCAAAAAGACGUCAUGGAAAAAGAGUGCCAAAUUCUUGAAGGCCAUGGAAAAGGAAGGACUAUUGAAAGUGAAAGGUAAAGGUGAUGAUUUAACAGUUGUUUCAGUUGCUACCAAAGAAACAAACGAUGAAUUGAAAAACUUUGUUCCAUACAAGGUCAAGAAAUCUAAACCUCAAGGUGCUCAGCCUGCGUCAAAAUUAAAAGACAAUAACACAUUAAUUGCUCACAAAUUCUACAAACCAAAUGCUCCGCUGAGACCAAUAUUUAAUGAUCUGGAUUUUAUGUUUGCAAACAUGUAUUCUGCCAAUGAAGUUAAAGAGAUUUUAAACAAAUACAUUGCAAAACAUUCAUUGGUCAAUGAAAGAAACAAAAAGACCAUCUUGUUAGAUGAUAAUUUAUCAAGCAUUAUUCCAGGUGAUAAAGUCCAAGGAAGGGAUAAAUUGUUGACUCCAUUCUUGAACAAAUUCACUGAAUACUAUCAACUAGAGAAUCCAAAUCUCCCAAAAGAAGAUCAAAUUCAUAGAGAGCCUGUUAGGGGUCAAGUGCCACAAGUAAAGAUCAUAACGGAAACCAAAAUUGGACGUAAAGUUGUCACUAGAACUUUCAAUUUUGAAGCAUUUGGUAUCAAUGCUGAAGAAUUGGCAGGUGAAUUGAAAGUUAAGUGUUCAGGUUCAAGUACCAUUGGUCAAAAUGUUCAAAAUCCUAAAUUAACAGAAGUUACUGUUCAAGGACCUCAUACAAUGGAUCUCUUUUGA